CACUUAACUAUCACUUCUUAAUUUAAACAUCUUGUGUCAGUCUAAAAAUGAGCUUCGACAAUAAGGUUGUGUUGAUAACUGGAGCAAGCUCCGGCAUUGGUGCUGCCACGGCUGUAGCCUUCGCAAGAGACGGGGCCGAGGUGGUCAUCGUCGCCAACGAAACGCCAACGAAACUCAAAAAGGUUCAACAAGACUGCGCUAAAGUUGGAAAACCACCAUUAAUCAUCAAAGCUGAUGUAGCUAAUGAUGAUGAUAUCCAAAAAAUCGUCAAAGAAACCAUUGCAAAACACAAGAAACUAGAUGUACUUGUCAACAAUGCUGGAAUAGUAAGACUAGGAACGAUUCUCGAUGGAAAAGUGACUGCAAUUUACGACGAACUCAUAAAAGUUAAUGUGCGUGCUGUUGUACAACUCACUACGUUGGCGGCACCGUAUUUGGUGAAAACCAAAGGUAACAUUGUGAACGUAUCAAGCGUUUCAGGAAUCACUAUCAAUAAUCCAGAAAUGGGAGCAUACUGUACGACGAAAGCGGCUUUAAGCCACUUCUCAAGAGCAACAGCGCUAGAACUUGCACCUCACGGAGUCAGGGUUAAUAUAGUGAGUCCCGGCCCUGUUUAUACUGAUCUUCUUAAUAAUGCUGGUGUCUCUACGACUUUUGAAGAGACCUCUGUCACAGCGUUAAACAGGAUUUCUGGUCCGGAAGAAAUUGCGGAUCUAAUUAUAUUUUUGGCCAGUGACAAGGCGAAAGGUAUAACUGGCUCGAAUUAUGUAUCUGAUAAUGGCAUGUUGUUGAUAAAAUAAAUUGAGAAUAAUAAACAUCAGCUCUUUC